AUGGGAAUCGAGAUCGAACACCCCACCGUCGUUUUAUCCAAAGUUGCAGUGUCGAAAACCCAUGGCGAAGAAUCGCCGUAUUUCGCUGGGUGGAAAGCAUAUGAUAAAGACCCCUAUGAUGAGUUCUGCAAUCCCUCUGGAAUCAUUCAGAUGGGACUUGCAGAAAAUCAGGUUUCAAUUGAUUUGCUGGAAGAGUACUUGGAGAAACAUGCAGAGGCCACGGACAACGGGAUUAGGACUUCUGAGUUUAGAGAGAACGCAUUGUUUCAAGACUAUCAUGGCCUGCAAUCUUUCAGAAAUGCACUGGCUGGCUUCAUGGAACAAAUAAGAGGAGGAAGAGCUAAGUUUAACCCUGACAGAAUUGUUAUCACUGCCGGCGCAACGGCAGCUAAUGAACUACUAACCUUCAUUUUGGCUGAUCCUGGGGAUGCCUUGCUCAUCCCAACUCCUUACUAUCCAGGGUUUGACAGAGACUUGAGGUGGAGAACAGGAGUGAACAUCGUGCCAGUCCAUUGCGACAGUUCAAACGAUUUCGAUAUCACGCCUGAGGCCCUGGAAGCAGCGUACCGUGAAGCUGAAUCCAAGAACAUCAAAGUUAGAGGAAUGCUCAUAACAAAUCCAUCAAACCCUUUAGGAAUCACCAUCAAACGAUCAACUCUCGAAGACAUUCUUGAUUUCGUUACGCGUAAAAACAUCCAUCUCGUCUCUGACGAAAUCUUUUCAGGCUCAGCCUUCUCCUCUGAGGACUUCGUCAGCGUUGCUGAGAUCGUAGAGGCCCAGAACUACGAAGAUUCUGAAAGAGUUCACAUUGUCUAUAGCCUGUCAAAGGACUUGGGCCUGCCAGGCUUUAGAGUUGGGGCUAUUUACUCAUACAAUGACAAAGUCGUUACGACUGCCAGAAGAAUGUCCAGCUUCACUUUGAUAUCUUCCCAAACGCAGCACCUCUUGGCUCUGAUGCUCUCCGACAAAAGCUUCACUGAAAACUACAUUAAAACUAACAGACGGAGGCUGAAGAAACGGUACCAAAUGAUCGUGGACGGCCUGAAAAAAGUCGGUAUCAAGUGCUUGAAAGGGAACGCAGGGCUGUUUUGCUGGGUGAAUAUGAGCAGUUUCCUGGAGGAGCCCACGAAGGAACAAGAACUAGCUUUGUGGAAGUUAAUAGUGCAUGAAGUGAAGCUCAACAUCUCUCCAGGGAGUUCUUGCCAUUGCUCGGAGCCCGGCUGGUUUAGGGUUUGCUUCGCGAAUAUGAGCGAGGAGACGCUGGAAGUUGCGCUCAGAAGAAUGCAUGCCUUCAUGAAGAGGAGAUACUAAAAUUGUGUGGGCUGUGGAGCUAGUAUCACUCUUGGUGUUCUCUGUUCACGUUCAUGUAUUUUUUCCUUUUUCUCUUUUUCUGUCCCUUUUUUUUCUAUAUGUGUGUGUGUGUCAUGGAAUAAUUGUCAAGUUCAUUUGUUUGGACCAAAACAAAUGCCACAAGUUCACUACCUUCCCUCCAUUAAUUAUUCUGC